AUGUAUUCAUCAAAUCUCUCCUCGCAUCAAUCACUUUUGGGUACUCAUUUUUAUGUUAAUCAAGAUAAUAUACUCGUCGAUAAUACAUUGAAAACUGUUUCAACCUUAGCACGCCCGUAUGAUCUUGUCGCAUUUAUUCGUCAAUCGGAACGCUUGGCACGUGUUGAUUCUUUACAGACGUACAUCGAUGCUGUUGAUGACAUUGUCGAUUUGCCAUCUACAUCGAAUUCUGAUAAGCAAGAUAACGAAGAUAAUAUUGAUAAAUGUAAUGAAUUGAUACGUGAUAGUGAAUCGUUAAUAUUUAAAAUUCUAAAAACGAAUCUUUAUGACACAUAUUAUAUUCCAUUUGAAUUGAAGAAUCUUUCAAUCAAUGCUACAGUCAAUGAUAAAUUCAAACCUAAAACAAUCCAAACUUGUAAUCAAUUCUGUGAAACUCAUACGAAUUUGCUGACAUUUGAUCAUCUACCAAGUAUUUCUACUCGAUACGACGAACAACAAACCAUUCGUAUCGACGAUGACGAACCAAAUAAUCCAACAAAAAGAAAUGAACAGCAAGCGCAAUGGUCCAUACACGAAUUAUCACACAAUCGUUCAUCGUGGUUGGCGUACGUCUAUCUGAGUCGCUACUUCGCAUCGAAUUUAUCCUAUCACCAUGCUAUUGAUUGUCUUCGCUGUGCACUUGUCCAUGGUUCGGAUUACAAUGACGUCGUGCUAAUCGAGUUAGCUAAUAUUGUCUUUCGUUAUGGUUACAUACGCGAUGCAAUUGUCUUGAUUGAGAAAGCACUUGAUUAUCAUUUACGAAUGAAAACUAUCAACGUGAAAUCUUUGUUUAUUCGUUCGAUAUUGCAUUACUAUUUAGGAAAUUUAUGUACAAUUGAUAAUCGGUUUCUCUUGGCGAUACAAUUUUAUAAUCGCACGAGAAUUUUGCUAGAAAAGAUACAAAAAUUGAAUGAUGAACAACAAAUAUCUAGUCUUUCGGCGAAAUCGCUUGGUUCUUUAUCGAUUUCAUCAUUGUUAUCUUUGUCCCAACAGAAAAUCGACGCACUCCGUUGUCAUCUUACGUUAGAAUUAUCUUUGCAACGUAAACAUCAUGUUUUACAAACAAAACUUGCACAAUUGAACCAGCUGCGAUCGAUAACUGAUGAAUUAAUCCAAUUGAAUUCAUUGAUUAAGCGUGACAUGUCUCCUGGACAGUCGUUUCUCGAAACAUUACGCAAGAUCAAAGUGGAACAGCAGCAAACGAUUUGUGAUUGGAAACAAUUGAAGAAAUCGAAAUUACCAACUCGUUCCUAUUCGAAACGAGAAGAAUAUUCAACGGUCAUGAAACGUGAACGAAGGUGUUCAAUCAAUGAUAUUAAUUUGCACUCAAUUCAAACAAGUUCGAAUCAUCUUCUCGGCUUUUAUGAUUGCCGACCGCGAGAUAAUGUCGUACUGAUUGGCGAUCCUUCUGAUACAAUCGACCGUGAUGAACAAUCACUCGAUUCCGAACAAAAUCUCAUGGCCUCACGUAUCGCUGCAAGUAAACAUACAUAUUCCACGCAUAUAUUGAAUGAAAACACGAGUGCCGUUACUCCAAUUCACACGCAUGAACAAACAACAUUAACAUCAACGACUACAUGGCCAACAUUGACAUCACGUUUGCCGACCGAAGUCAUCAAUCAAUCUUCACAAGACUUCCUUGUGAAACAGUCCAAUGUCCUCUAUCCACCAUUGAAGCACAACACAGUGAUUAAAUUAAACGAACAACAACUACCAACUUAUGCAGAAUGUCAAAUGCAUUAUUAUGGCCUACCAUCGAUCGGCGAUUACCCAACUGUAUGGUUACCUUUGGAAAAUAAAGGUAUAUCGAAUGUGAAAGAGGCGUUCUAUCAAGGUUUGAACUAUCAAAAUAAACAUUAUCCAUUGCCUUGGUCGCCUCCGUUGUGUGUUUUGAAGAAGCCAGUCAAUGAACGAUUAGCAAUUAUUGAGAAUCAUUCGGUUUUAAAUCGUGUGUCGCGCGCUAAAGCGCCGACGAAUCGAUAUGAUACAAAUAUGUUAUUGAAUUUAUAUAUGUAUAUUGAUUCGAUCAUUGAUGAACAAUUACCGAUUGAAGAGUUUGGACAACGUUUGAGAUCAGUUAGUGAGAAACAUGAACAUUUAAUACCCGAAUGGAUUGUUCACUUAUUGUCAUCGCUCUAUUGGCGAGUUAAUGGACAUUUACCACAUGCGAUCGAUUGUGGAUUGAAAGCACACGAAACAAUUAUUAAAAAUAACACAUAUAAACAGUGGAGUGAUCUAACGUUAAUCAAUCUGGCGAAUAUUCUAUAUCUUUGGGGUAAAUACGAGGAUGCUCUAGAUAUAACACAACAAGCUUAUUCAAUCAAUUCUCACGAACCAACAACAAAUUAUUUUCUUGGAAAUCUAUUAGCACUCACCAAAAACAACCAUACAGCUGCCCAAGAAUACUAUCGACGCACAAUUGCCAUCGAUCCAGCACAUGUUCACGCUUAUCGACAAUUACGUCUUAGUUAUUGCUACACCAUGCAUUCUACAUGGGAAAUGAUGAGUUGUUCUUCUGACAAUGAAAAACAUUGUGACGAGAAAUCCGUUCGAAGUGAAAGUACGAAGCGUAAUUUAAUGUUGUCUGUUCCGAAUUCGAAGAUCCGUGAUGCUACUAUGGUACUGGAUUAUAGUAGAACAUAUUCGUCUUCGUACUAUAAUCGAAAUACUCAAUGUCAACGAUCUCUUCUUGAUAACCGUUCCUCGAUUGAUCGUUGGUUAAAUCGUUCGUCAUCAGUCUCAUCACCAGAACGCGAAGAACUAAUCAAUGAUGCUCGACGCGCGUACCGUCAAUAUGGUUUAUGCUCAAAUAACCAUAUCGCUAAUGAAUGUUCACAAGGUUUUGGUGUCACUAACAACGGCUAUGAUAUCGGUCAUGUUUUAAUCAUCUACAAUGAUGUCAUGCAAAGCUUUUAUUAUUCAUUCGUAUUUUCCACUGAUUAUGAAAAUAUUUUUCUAAAAGAAGGCCAAUCCAAAUGUAUUAUCUAUGGUACGGGCCGAAAAUCGUCGAAAUGCCGUAAUUUGGUUACCGCGAAUCCAAGUAUUCUGAAUAGUAAACACAACAUGACAUGGCUCCGUGAUCCAUCGACUAUCUACGAGCAUUUAAAAGAACUAAUCGAAAUUAUGAGUUAUCAACAACAGUUCGAGAAUGAGACGCAUCUCUACGAGAAAAAUGCUUGGGAAAAAUAUCUUUCGGAUCAAUAUCUCUUUUCUAAAGAUAUUCAAACGAAAUAUCUUUCGAACAACUCAAUCAAUUUCAAUCGAACGAAUUGUCAGAAUGUAUCUGCUGUUACAUACAAACCUUAUUUGUCAACAUGGAUAUCGCCACAGACGAAGAAUAUUUUUGUAAAUCACACAUUUUUCAGACAAUUAAGGGAAAAUACUGAAAUGAUCGAACCGAUUUGUUCAUAUCCGAUAAUUAAUCAAACUGAUACAAAAAAGAAUCUUCAAUUACUCGAUUAUAUCAUCCAAAAAGCGAAUCACAAUCUAACACUCUAUCACGCAGAAACAAUUCUACGACCUAUUUUAUUCAAUUUAAUGUUUGAAAAGAAUCCUGCAAUUACGAACAAAGGAGGUAAGUUUUUACAUCCAAAUACGGUGGGUUCUUUUCAAGAAUUCUCUUCACCAGGUGAUGACCGUGUUCUACUCGCUUCAUUUCUUGCCUCUGGUCUUCACUCACCAACGUACAACACAUCGUGGAUCUAUUUCCAUACACUUUCUCUCUACUGGCGUCUUAUGGGUAAUGCAUCGCAGUCAUUAAAUUGUUUACUUCAGUCUCAUAUACUAUCACCACAUGACGUUCAUGAUUUAACGUAUUUAUCAAUGGCAUUGAUACUCUAUAAUAGUCAACUAUAUAUCAAUGAAGCGGUUUAUUUACUUUAUGAGUCCUUAACUGUUGAUCCGCCUGGUCUCUUGUUAGCACAUUUUACGUUGGGUAAUGCAAUGGCGAGAAAAGGUUAUUGGGAUUAUGCUGAACAAUGGUAUCGAUCGACAUUGAAUUUGAAAUCGGAUUUCGAACCGGCCAAGCAACGUUUGCGUACAAUUCAAUGCUCAAUCAAUUGA